GCUGAGGUGCUGCACAGCUCGGACACCAGAGGUCGCUGUUCCCGCCCAGCAGCGCUCAGUCUCCGCAGUGCUGCCCGUCUACGAGGAGUGCGUUUGAUUGUUGCAGGACUCAAUGGCGGACAGAGCAGGGUAGUCGCGUUAGCACCGAGGACAAUAACAUCUCGACUUGUGUGUAAUUCCUGGCGUGACUCACUCCGCCUCUGCGUGUCCCCGGGUGCAGCGGGUUGAAGCGGGGUUUGUUGUGCAAAAACAUAAAAAAAAAAAAAAAGUCGCUGCAGCUAUUUUUUUUUUCUGCUUUUCUUUUCCAGCAUUUGUUGAGUUCCCAUCACACAAGCGGAGAAGUUAACACUGUUUCAUGGUGGCUCACUGAAAAGAAAAGGGCAAACACCAUGGGGGACUCUCUUGAAUUGAUAGGGAAGCGUCUGCUUUUGCUCCUCGACGACGGCAGGUCGGCGAACGGAUCCGAACCGGAGAAGGCAGCCUGGGCUCGGGACUGGCUCCGGGGGACGGUGCGGGCAGUGAGCGUUAUCGGCCUAGCCGCCCCGGAGGUUAGCGGAGGAGAGGCGACAACAACAUCCACUCCUGCAGGGCUGACGGUAUUUGUGGAGUUUGAGAACGCUUCGCAGCGAUGCUCGUGGGUGCAGGUGUAUGACGAGGGAGUGAAAGCAGUGUUGGUGGAAGACUCCAUUGUUUGGGCCAAUCGGAGCAACGGUACUGGGACCACCGGAGCCCCGACAUCAGCCACAGCCUGGCCUGCUCUGAUCUUUCGCUCGCUGGUGGACAGAGUGGGUUUAGGAUCAUUGGUUCCCGUGGAGUAUUUUGGAAACAAGAAUUUUGAGUUCCUGCCUGACAACAAAACUGUCCAGAGGUUUGAGGUUGAUAAAGACUUUAGACACACUCUGUUGUUGGAGCAGCCCUCCCUGCAUGCUGCCAUCUCCAGCUGGCAUUCUGACUUUGAACUGCAGGAGAUCUUCAGGAAGGGUUCAUACACUAUUCAAGGACGCAGAGUUCACGUGUACCAGCCAGAGUUUGAGGAGUGCUGGGCUUCAGGACUGGUCUCACAGCAUGACCCUAUCUCUCACAUUAUGGAGAUUACUUUAGAUAAGGGAGAAGAAAAUCAGAUGGUAGAUCCUCGUGUGAUACAUGUCAUGCUGGCAGAAGAGGAGCUUGGUAAAAAUGGGCGGCGAAGGAAGGACAGUGAAACAAUGAAGGGUGACAGUGGACGCAGACGUAGGACUGCGUCCGAAGGGGAGGAUGACUUGAACUUGAAACGUUUUAAAGCUGCAGGAGAUGCAGGAACUGAUGGCCAAAACUGUGGCGAUUCCAACAAAACUGCAGCUGAAGGGAAGGGGAUCUGGGGCGGAGACUCGGCUGAUCGAGUCAGCAGCACAACCAAAAACGGAAGCUCUUCAGAAGGAACCUUUCCUCAGGGCAGGGUGUCAUCCCCCAACUCCAAUUCAUCGCUACAGAUAGACCAAUCAAGCGGCACUCCUACUCGUUAUCCUGCCCACGUUAAAGAAGAUGGUCGGGCUCUCUCCACACAAGGGGCAGCGGACUCCACCACUGCCGCUACUCACACCCCCACCCCUCCUCCCCUCAAGCCAGCCCCCUCUCCCUUCUCCACCACGUCUUUCCCCUCACUAGGCCAGAUGCCAAGCCUGGUCCCUGGAGCUCCUGCCCCCAAAGCUUCCCCAUCCCCCCAACCAGACCGAGAGGAGGCCUCCCAGUCAGCUUACUCUAAAACAGCUGCUCUUGUUUCCCCGGGGCCUGUUACCAUUUCGUGGUCGCACGACAGUGGCCCUAGCGUGGCACUUUCUGCUUCUGUGGGUUUUAGUCCUAAAGCCCCUACCUGGGGAAGCCAGACUGAGGGCUCUAAAACUGCGCCGGGUUUCCGUAUGCCCCAGACUUUGCCCACUGCCACGGUAUUUGGAGAUGUUACCUCUCAGACAAAUGGAGCUCCGACCACUACCACAACCUCACAGGACACUCCGAGGCCCUUUGGCUUCGGCUUUGGUGGAGCAAAGAAUGAGACACAAUCCCAGCAAGACCAAAACUUGUUUUUCCAGUGCAUGACCCAGAAUUCUGGCUCCAGCCCAAGCCUAGCUGCUGGUCAAACCCAGUCCAAGGACACUAAUUACUUCACCGCAGUGUCUGAGAGCCUGAGUAAAGAGCCCCCAAGCCUUUUCAAGCCUGCAGCCUCCUCUGAGGGGCUAAAAAAGCCUGAGCAGCCCAAAGUGCCUGAGACCCAUCCGACGAGAAAUGGUGUGCUCAACAGAUCAUCAUCGGCCUUCCAGGGCAUGGGUGGCUCUGCAGGAGGUAGAGGCUCUGGUUUAAGUAUUGGUGGGCUGACAGCAACCUCUGGGGCUCAGUGUACUUCUAAGAUCAGUAAUAAUGGGACUUCUGUGGGGGGCUUAGGGCUGCAGUCUGGUUUUAAUACUUCAGAUAGCCACCAGAACCUUUUUCUGCAGGCCUCCAAAAAGCCUGCUAAUCCAUUUCUGGCAUAUGGUGACAAAACCUCCCACACCUCAUUUGCUGGCCUCACUGGAGCUGAGCCACAGACCCUUGGCCCUGCCUCGGACAGCAAGCCUAAUCUGUUCACUAUGGCAGAGCCACCUAAGGGGAUUCUGUCGUCCCCUUUCCCAGCACUCUCAGCAGCUGCUUCACCCAGUUCUUCCUCCUCUCCAGCACCGGCCUCAGCACAGAAGUCACAGAGUGAAGGGACUGUGACAAAGGAGGAGCAAGAAGUUGGAGAGAUGCCUUCAUCCACCUCCAGCUGCCCCAUGUUUGGAAGCACUGGCUCUGGUGGAAUGGAGGAGGUCCCUGUGUCUUUUGACCAGAGCCAGUCUCAGAAGUUUACCCUGGAGGAAAGAGGCCAAUCAUCCAAACGUGACUCUGACUCCAGCAGCAACAGUGACCUGUCAGAUCUGAGUGAGAAUGAGGAUGGGCCAGAGAAAGGCCAGGUCCCAGGAGGACCACCACACGCUUCAAAGGAUGGCGCCAUGAUGCAGAAAUCUAAAGUCCAAGGUGCUGCUAAGAGCCGUCCACGUAACAAGCCUUUUAAAGUGGGCCAGUCUGUUCUAAAAGACCAGAGCAAAGUGCGUCGUUUGAAGCAGUCUGGUGAGUCCUUUCUCCAGGAUGGCUCGUGCAUCAAUGUGGCUCCUCACUUGCACAAGUGCCGUGAGUGCCGUCUGGAGCGUUACCGUAAAUAUCGAACUACAGAUGGAGACAGCGACGAUGACGACGACCCAAAUGUGGCCUGUCGUUUCUUCCACUUCAGAAGAUUGGCUUUUACCCGUAAAGGUGUACUGCGUGUAGAAGGCUUCCUAAGUCCACAGCAGAGUGAUGCCAUGGCCAUGGGUCUGUGGCUACCUGCACCAGCUGUCCAAGAGGGCCUUGACCUCGAUACAUCCAAGUACAUCUUGGCUAAUGUGGGAGACCAGUUCUGUCAGUUGGUCAUGUCUGAGAAGGAGGCCAUGAUGAUGGUGGAGCCUCACCAGAAAGUGGCGUGGAAACGGGCUGUACGAGGUGUCAGAGAAAUGUGUGACGUGUGCGAGACCACCUUGUUUAACAUCCACUGGGUGUGUCGCAAAUGUGGCUUCGGAGUGUGUCUUGACUGCUAUCGGCUCCGCAGGAACAGGCCAAGAGAGGAUGUAGAUGAAGGUCCGGAGGAUGAGGUUUUUGCUUGGUUGAAAUGUGCCAAAGGCCAGCCUCAUGAGCCACAGAACCUCAUGCCUACGCAGAUUAUACCUGGGACAGCUCUUUACAACAUAGGUGACAUGGUGCACUCAGCGAGGGGAAAGUGGGGUAUUAAGGCCAAUUGUCCCUGUGCCAGUCGACACACUAAGCCUCUAGUGCGCCCUAGUGCCCCCAAUGGGAUUUCACAGUCUACAACAAGCAGUGGUGGCGUCCUCGCAUCUGCAGCCUCCGGUAUAAGCUCCACUCCAAAAUCGGAGGGAGAAACGCCAGUGAUCAAAACAGAACCUACACAAACAGCAGCGCCAUCAGACAGUGGGGGAGGAGAAACUGUGGGCAGUACCAGUAACUCCACCAGUGGUACAUCAUCCCCUUGUAACCUCAGCCAGUCCUCCGCCAAGGAGGCACGCUCAUCAGGAGAGGGCAACAGCUCUGCUCUGCACUGGCUGGCAGACUUGGCUACACAGAAGGCUAAGGAUGACACCAGAGAAUCCGGUUCACUUCGCUCCAUGAUGAAUCGAGACAGCCGGCCUCCCUUUGGCCUGGAUUCACUCAGUGCCCUGUCGAAGCCUUCUGCUUCUAGCCCUAAGCUAUUUAACAGCCUGUUACUGGGCCCCAGCAUGGCCCAGUCCAAACCUGAGGGUUCCAGUCUCCGGGACUUACUCAACUCAGGACCGGGCAAACUCCCCCAGGGCCCUGGAGAGAGUGGGGUACCAUUCCCCUCUGUCUUUACCUCAGCAGGCAGCGACAAGCUGAAGACCAGCCUCCCAAACUUUCUGGAUCACAUCAUCGCUUCGGUUGUGGAGACCAAAAAGGCAGAAGGCCGUCGGACCGGGGCCUCUGAGGGCAGUGAGCUUGGUGUGUUAGGAGGCCGCAAAGAUGGAGUAAUGGGCCUUAGUGUUUUGGAACCACAUACCUCACACUCCUGGCUCUGUGACGGACGACUCCUCUGCCUACAGGAUCCCAGCAACAGCAACAACUGGAAGAUCUUCAGAGAGUGCUGGAAGCAGGGACAGCCUGUUUUGGUGUCUGGGAUAGAUAAACGUCUCAACAGUCAUUUGUGGCGGCCUGAUGCCUUCAGUAAGGAGUUUGGAGACCAGGAUGUAGACCUGGUCAACUGUAGAAACUGUGCUAUCAUCUCUGAUGUGAAGGUGCGAGAUUUCUGGGACGGCUUUGAGGUCAUCCCCAAGCGACUGCAAGAUGCUGACGGUAAUCCCAUGGUGUUGAAAUUGAAGGAUUGGCCUCCAGGAGAAGACUUCAGGGACAUGAUGCCUACACGGUUUGACGAUCUCAUGAAGAAUCUCCCAUUACCUGAGUACACAAAAAGAGACGGUCGUCUUAACCUCGCUGCCCGUCUACCUAACUUUUUUGUGCGUCCUGACCUCGGACCUAAGAUGUACAAUGCCUAUGGCUUGAUCUCGUCUGAAGACAGGAAGGUGGGAACCACUAACCUCCAUCUGGAUGUCUCAGAUGCUGUCAACGUCAUGGUCUAUGUUGGCAUCCCUCAAGGAGAGCCAAACCAUGAGCAAGAGGUCAUGAUCACCAUCGAGGAGGGCGAUGUGGAUGAAAUGACGAAGAGGCGAGUGUACGAAGCAAAGGAGAAACCUGGAGCUCUCUGGCACAUCUAUGCUGCCAAGGAUGCUGAGAAGAUCAGAGAACUGCUCCGCAAGGUGGGAGAGGAGCAGGGUCAAGAGAACCCUCCAGACCAUGAUCCCAUUCAUGACCAGAGCUGGUACCUGGACCAGGCUCUCCGUCGCAGGCUCUAUGAAGAAUACGGUGUUCAGGGUUGGGCCAUUGUACAGUUCUUAGGAGAUGCCGUAUUUAUACCUGCUGGAGCUCCACACCAGGUGCACAACCUGUACAGCUGUAUCAAGGUGGCGGAGGAUUUUGUGUCUCCUGAGCACGUGAGGCACUGUUUCAGACUGACCCAGGAGUUCAGACACUUGUCCACUACUCAUACAAACCACGAAGACAAGCUACAGGUGAAGAACAUCAUCUAUCACGCAGUGAAAGACGCUGUUGGGACACUGAAGGCACACGAACCCAAACUAGCACGCCCUUAGUUCCUCUCACUCAACACUGUCUCAAAACAACCAGCCUCUGACGACCACUCCACUACGUACACACACACACACACACGAUACGCAUUACAUACAGACAUACACAAGUACUACCUGCAGAGGGCAGAGUACAAAGAUAGAGCCUAGGUUUCUUGGGAGGGCAGUGAAGGUCUGGGUUUGCGGAAAGAGAACAUUUGUUUUUGGGGAGGGAUUUCGGGGAGGGGUUAGUCAGCGCUUUGAUGAAGGAAGUCCUUUAUCGCUGUUACACAGUAUGCUCAAACUUGUCUAGUUGUUUUUCCAAUUUUCCUUUUUUUUUUUUUUUUUUUGUGUUUUUGAUUAACAGUGUAUUUAAGGUCAGUGUGUUUGUUCUGUUGUUUUACUUGUAUAUGUAAGAGUAAGGGAGGUAAAAGCUGGCGUGCCUUUGGAGCAGAGGUUCAGCUACCAUAUAAGUGACUGACAAAAUGUGAGUACUGGGCUAACUUUCCUAUUUUGACGACGUUGAUAUUAUUUUUCUUCAAUAGGAGCAAGGUUAACCUGUUUUUGUAGAUUUCUUUUGUUGUUGUUGUUGUUGGAGUUUUUUAAACAGCUGAUUGCUUCCACCCUCCGGUGGCUGAAAUUAAUUUGCGAAGCAGCCAGCGAGGGGAGGCAGACCAAAGUUUCGUAUUUUUGUUUUUGUUUUCUUAUUUCACUUUUAGAGUAAGAAGUCUUUUCUUUUUUAUACGCCACAAGGUAAUGAACAAGAGGACUUCAGAGAGGGCAGUCAUUGUUUUAUUUUUGUUAGUUUUUUUUGGUCACCUAUCUUUGUCCUAUGGGGCUGAAUGAACCGCAGACUUCCAACAACAUUGUUCAAGAAUCACAUUUGCAGCUGAACAGAACUACUGGCCAUUAACAGUGUAUCAAUAUAUAUAUUGAUCUUAGCAGUCUGUUUGAUUUUUCACAAUAAAGUUUACAAAAACUA